CAUGAUCUGCGUGACAUCUCCUGCCCACCCCGACUGGUGACUUCCGUUCCUCGACGUGAUCCUCCUCUCGGAGACAUGCCUCGCGCCAUCAUCCAGCACUCAGCACUGGCGGAUCCUUUCCUUGCCGCGUCACAUCCAGUCCAUGCAUUGAAAGCGGUUUGUUUUUUUUUUUAACCAGCCGAUACCUUUCACCGCUGGCAGCGUCUCAUAUUCACCACCACCACCCCGCAUGUUCCUCCCCACUCGCAUGGAUAAACCCCCUCGAAAGCAUCUCCGACUAGCGCAAUGACGUCCCUCCCUGCACCUCCAGCGACGCAAGCCUCAUUUCUUGGCAUACGUUUAGUUCACUGUGCCGUCGUGCUCGUUCUCUUGGCGCUAGCGCACCUUGCGCGCGUCCCCCGCCAUCACGAUCCGCUUGAAGCCGCGUCUCAGGCGUCCCUGGAACCGCCCAUCAGCGCCGAUCUUGCCGCCGCCGCCUUCUCGCGCGGGCUCCUCGCACUGGCAUCGUGGAACGAGGAGGCGGCGGGGCGCAGCGGGAAGCAAUGGGAGCAGCACGAGUCCUCGGAGGAGGGAGAGCGGCAGCCGCACGAGAAAGAGCAGGGUUUUCGAGGAGAUUCGCGGAUUACUCGCGUGGCUGCGUUCAACGUGGAUCGCGCAGUGAUCUUCCUCCACCAGCGAAGGCAGAAGCAAGGGCGGGAAUUGCGAGCAGCGCGAUUCCGAGUCGUGCCGCUUGCCGCGCCACCGGAAGCAGGCAACGUGACGUGGGACGACCUCUACCCGGAGAUGAACUACGACCGCUCCAACUUCACUUGCCCUGCUGUGCCCCGCGCGCCGUGGGAGGAGAGAGACGAGACGCAUGACGUGGCAGACGCCGUGGUCGCGGUGGUGCCGUGUCGCCCGGCGAAGGACUCGCUGGCGAGGGACGUGCGAUGGCUGCAGCUGAUGCUGUCGCUCGCACGCUUCGCCAGUCAGUCCCGCCGUCCCUGGAUGCCCAUCGUCAUCGUCUCCUCCUGCCGUCCGCCGCCCAACCUUUUCCACUGCCGCUUUCUCGCGCGCGCGCAGCCAUCUCCGUUUGCCGCUGUGAAUGGAGGGGCGGAGGGCGAUGUGUGGGUGUACAACGUGACGGCACGCGACAUGCGCGCGCGCAUCCAACCCGCGGGGUCCUGCGCCUUGGCGCAACCCACCGCCCACGGCGCCGCCGUCGCGCGACCCCCCUCGUCGGGCCGUCCACGCUUCGCCUUCGCCACGAUGCUGCACAGCAAGGACGACUACGCCUGCGGCGCCAUCGUGCUCGCGCACUCCCUCCGCGCCACCGGCCUCGCGCUGCCGCCCUCCCUUUUCACCAGCGCCCCUGCAGGCAGCGACUCCAGAGAAGCAGGAGGCGGAGCGCAGCGCUUUGAGGCGGAGCUGGUGGCGCUGGUGUCGGCGGAGGUGGGGGCGGAGAGCCGGAAGGGGCUGCAGGCGGCGGGAUGGCGGAUCGUGGAGAUCGAGCGCAUCAGGAACGUGUGGGCGAAAAAGAGGAGCUUUAAAGAAUGGAACUACAGCACGCUGCGGCUGUGGCAGUUGACGGAGUACAAGCGCGUUGUGUACAUGGAUUCUGACAUCGUCGCCCUGCGCCCGCUCACGCACCUUUUCCUCUACCCCGAGAUGUCCGCCGUCCUUAGUAUCGAAUCCCGCUUCAAUGCCGGCUUCAUGGUCAUCGAGCCCGUGCUCUGCACGUUCCACUUCCUUAUGGCGCACAUCCGCACCAUCGUGUCCAGCAAUGGCGGUGCCCAGAACUUUUUUAACAACGUGUUCACGUGGUGGCACCGCCUGCCGGAGUCCAGCAACUUCCUCAAGCUCAUCGGGACGCCGCAGGGCCACCCUGGUCGCGACCAGGAGGUGGCGGCCCAGACUGCUCUGUUCUCAGCUGACCCCCCCCAGCUGCACGCCAUUCACUACUUGGGGCGCAAGCCGUGGUACUGCUUCCGCGAUUUUGACUGCAACCACCUGCUCCCGUACAUGCAGAAAUUCGUCAACGACGCGGCACACAGGCGCUGGUGGCAGGUGCACGAUGCCAUGGACGAGAGGCUCAAGCCCUGGUGCUUGCUGACGGAGGAGCAGAAGAAGGGGCUGUGGGGUGCCAUGGAAAAGCGCAGACAGGAGGGGGCUGACCCUGAGAUGUGGAACUUCACAGUCACCGAUCCGAGGAAAGACCUGGCGCUGCCUUGGGGGGUGGAAGUAGGUGGGAGGAAAGGUGGCCAACGAACAUGGAGCGAGUGGCUUGGAGGUCGGAACUGGCACUAGUAGCAGCUCGUUGACCUCAAGACACGAGAGCAGGGAGGGAGAAAGACAUGCGGGCAGGGAGGGAGAAAGUCAUGAGAUAUGUUGAGACGUCUUUGUUGUUUUGGGUGUAUGCAUUAUAUCUUUGUUAUAUAAUUGGGAGGCUUGGUAGUUACUGAAACCUUCUGUAGAGGGUACAACCCCCCUCUUUGUAUCC